GCAGCUGAUCCAGUACUUACGGUAGAGAAUUCUUCCACUGCCCCCAACCCCCCAGCUCUCCUCUAGGAAGUCUGCUGCUGGUCAAUUAGUUUGGCUUUAGACACUACAGUGAGCACAGAUCUUGCAGUCACUAGUACGUACGCGCUUCACCAAUGAAAAGUUAAAAAUACUCCAGGUCCUACCGCUGUUUGUGGGAAACACCUACCGUUGGAUUGUUUUGGGAAAAAGGAAAAUGGGAUUUGAGUUGGACCGGUUUAAAGGGGCGGUGGACCCGGAUUUCAAAUGCAACCUGUGCAACAAAGUUCUGGAAGACCCGCUCACCACUCCGUGCGGUCACGUCUUCUGCGCCGGCUGCGUUCUUCCCUGGGUCGUCCAGCAGAGCAGCUGCCCCGUGAAGUGUCAGAGAAUCUCCACUAAAGAGCUCAACCACGUAUUGCCACUGAAGAACUUGAUUCUGAAGCUGGACAUUAAGUGUGACAACCAUGCAAGGGGCUGCGAAAAAGUGGUGAAGCUGCAACAUCUGGCUGAGCACACCGAGAUGUGCGAUUACUCGCCGGCCAAAUGCAGGAAUAAAGGAUGCAACGAGUUCCUCAUCCUGAGGGACAUGGAUGCCCAUAUGCGUGAUACGUGUGAUCACAGACCGGUGGGGAUAUGCGAGAAUGGAUGUGGAUUAAUGCUCUCUCAUAAAGAGCAGACGCUUAACAACCAUUGUUGUUUGCGAGCCCUGAAGGCGUUCAACAGUGCGCUCCACGGGAAAGUCAUCAGCCUGGAUAAGGAGUUGAAAAAGCAAUCGUUAAAGUCCAACACGAGAGAGAAGUCUCUGCUCGCUCAACUUUCCGCGGUUCAUACAGAGCUGCAGAUGACAGCAUUAAAAUAUCAGAAGAAAUUUACCGAGUACAGUACGAGGAUUGAGGCGCUCACCAGGAGCCUCGCUUUCCCAUUCAAGGAAGGUGAAACGGAUAGCUUGACUGUAGUGCUUCACCGGGAGAGCGGAUCUUUGGGUUUCAACAUCGUAGGAGGAAGACCCAGUGGGGGCGAAAGUGACGGCAUCUCAAACGAAGGCAUUUUUGUGUCCAAGGUCAUCGAGCAGGGUCCAUCAGAUAAGGACGGAGGCCUACAAAUCCACGACAGAAUAUUAGAGCUGAACGGGAAGGACCUGUCCAAGGCCACCCACGACCAGGCAGUGGAGGCCUUCCGCACGGCCAAGGAGCCCAUCAUGGUGCAGGUCCUGCGCCGUGCGCCCCGGCCAAAGCUGGCCGGCGGGGGGGCCGACGCCCAGCUGACGGACAUCAGCACCCAGACGGACAUCACCUUCCAGGAGAUCAUGGCUCUCUCGAAGAUGCCCGUCUCCAGUCCGACCCUGCCCUCGCUGGAGCCGUACCUGCUGCCCGAGGAGCAUCCUACUGGACGUGCAUAUUUUGACCCCAAUGACUUCCUCGAGGGCAUGCACCAGGAAAUAGAACGAGAAGAGUUGGAAUACGAGGUAAAUGGAUUUCCAUUCUUUCCCUCACCCUUUCCAUCUCUCCCUCUCCCUCACUGUCUCUUCACGGGACCCCAUAUGUCUUCCUAAUAAGAGCAGCCAUUACAAGAUAACAAAGCUGCCAUGGCCUAUCCUGGAGCUAGCCGCGCCGCUAUGUCCCAAGCCCAACAGCCUUUCUGGUCACUGCUGAGUUCUGUCCUCUUGAUAAAUCACAAUUAUUAAUGACUCUGAAGCCCCGAGCCUCAGCCCCUACCGCCCUACUGCAACCAUAAGACCGAGCAGGAGAUCUAGGCCGGACAGGAACCAAGAGGAAUAGCUUAUUCCAGCCGAUGUGCAACGGUGACAUCGUUACUCAUUAUUAGUGACAUCGUCUACCAGAGGUGGGGGAGGGGCUCUCAUCCCGUUAGCGGCUGAGAUGAGUUCCCUCGCUGGGUAAAUUUAGCUGCUGGUUGGGGCAUCGGUGAUGGAUCUCAUGACGCACGUUAACCCCAAGCAGACGAGGUGGAGGAUUGCAUCCUAGAGAUGGCAACCACGUUGGGCGCCAAUCUCUUCCUCAGCUGACCUCUGAUAACCCCCCCCUCUCCCCCACCACUGCUUAUCAAUAUGCGUCCGGGAGUCAUUGUUGCUUUAAGGAGAUAAGUGGAGUUAGAUGAGCCAAGGGCAGAUGCUCUGUAGAAGGGAACGCCGUCACUGGCCUUUGGCCCUCA